AUGGAUUUCGAUGCGUUGCUGGAGAAAUGUGGCAACUACGGUCGCUAUCAAUUUGUGCUGUUGCUCGUCUAUGGCUAUACGAAUAUAAUGUCCUCGAUGCAUUAUUUCGCUCAAACGAUCAUUAGCUUUACACCGGAGCAUUGGUGUAAUCACGAGCUGCUCGAGAAUCUCACAUACACGGAAAUACGCGAGAUCUACUCGCAAAUCGAGAAUCCCUCGUGUACACUGUUGGAUGAUAUUGUAAAUGGCACGGCUGUGGCGUCGGAUUUUGGCGAAUGCGAAGAUUGGAUAUUCAAAUACGAAAAUGGCUAUGAGAGCGUGACCACCGACCUCAAAUGGGUCUGUGAUGAUGCUGUCAAGGGCGCCAUUGGACAAUCCUUCCUAUAUCUGGGCUCAGUUUUGGGCACCAUAUUGUUUGGUUUUCUGGCAGAUAAAAUCGGACGUCUACCAACGAUGAUGUUAACCACAAUUACAGGUGCAGCGGGCGAUUUCAUAACUUCUUUCGUGACAACACCACAUGCUUUUGCGGCCAGCCGCUUCAUUUCGGGCCUGAGCAUCGACACUCUAUUCUAUAUGAGUUAUAUUAUGGUUUUCGAGUAUUUGGAUCCAAAAAAGCGCACCUUCGGCCUCAAUAUAAUGAUGGCGUUCUUCUAUUUCUUCGGUCUGGUUAUGUCACCCUGGUAUGCCAUUUGGGUGGGCAGUUGGCGUAAAUAUUUACUGAUCGCCUCACUGCCAGCACUCGUGGUGCUCAUCUAUCCGCUCUUCAUAGUCGAGAGCGCGCAGUGGUUGGCCACUAAAGGUGAUUAUAAAGGUGCCGUGCGUUGCCUCAAACGUGUAGCCAAGUUCAAUAAGCGGGAAGUCGAGGAGGAGCACUUCGAUCAGUUCAUAUCAUAUUAUGAGGAAAAAAUGGCUGGUGAGCACAAGGAGAAGGAAGAGAAAGACACAUUCAUGGGUCUCUUUAGAACGCCGCGUUUGCGCAAAUUCACCUUGGUGCUCUUUAUCAAAUCCAUGAUCACCACGAUCUCCUACGACAUUAUCAGUCGCAACAUGGAGGGUUUCGGCUCCUCACCUUUCCUGCUUUUCUCACUCACAUCGAUCGUCUACAUACCGGCUGGCUUCACGAUAAUACUGCUGCAGAAUCGCAUUGGACGCAAAGGUCUGGCAUGUGGCUCGCUCUUUGUUGGCGCCAUACUCACCGCCAUAACGGGUGUACUGCUCGCUAUACUGGACCUGAAGGAAAAUGCGGUAUUUUUGGCCUGUAUGGUUGGUCUAGGCCGUUAUAUUGCGAUCGUUUCGUACGAAGCGGAGGCUCAAUACGCCGCCGAAAUUGUGCCGACAAGCGUCCGCGGCCGCGGCAUGGCGAAUAUUCAUGUCGUCGGCUACGCCUUCAGCUUCCUCAGCGCCUAUGUCAUCUAUUUGAGCAACAUCUUCAAACCGCUGCCGUCGAUCGUCUUGGCAGUGCUGAUGUUGUGCGGCGCAGCGUUGUGUCUGUUGUUGCCAGAGACGCUGAAUCAAAAACUCCCAGAGACGCUGUUGGACGGCGAGCAUUUCUGCAGCGAUGAGAAGUGGUAUUACUUCCCGUGUAUAGGACGAAAGAAGAAAGAUGAAGUGGAGGUGACGAAACUGUGAAGUG